ACGAGUACUACGUCAUCAUUUUCAGUGUAGGUUCCGAAAUCGUGACGUUCCACACAAGCGAAUCUCCGAAAUGACUUCAACACAGGAAUUGAAAGACGUCAUCAAAGAAACCUUAGAAAAUCAUGGAACACUGGGACAGAUUAAGGCCAGGAUCAGAGCAGAGGUUUUCAAUUCUCUCGAUGACCAUGGUGAAGCCAAACCUCCACUGAGCAGUGAAAACAUGAUCAUCAAUGAACUUAUUCGAGAAUAUCUUGAGUUUAACAAAUACAAAUAUUCGUCAUCAGUAUUAACAGCAGAGUCAGGUCAACCCAAGGAACCAUUAAACAGAGAGUUUUUAGCCAGAGAGUUGAACAUUCGUGAAGACCACACAUCUAGUUCAAUACCAAUGCUAUACAGUAUACUAUCACAUUACAUAAAGGACAACAGAUCUGUAUUAGCCAGGUCUACUGUUAGGGACAGGACAUCAGCACCUCAGAUAGGAACAGCCUUCAGGGACCAAGAUGAAGAUGCUGAGCAAGGGAUUGUAGUGAGGGGCGGUGCACGCUGAUAUUGGUGGUACAGGACAAGUAUCCAUUUAUACUGCCAUUGUCUCAGGAUCAUCCUUAAAAUGGGUAGAUGAUACCAGUGUAGCAUGGUUUACAUGAUAGUCAGUCAAGAUAUUUAGGUAGAUUUCCAAAACAACAAUUGACUUAUAAUGAACUCUCCCUUGACGCAUAUUGUAAUUUUAAAUUACAUGAUAUUCAGAAUUAAGGGACAAUUACUAAGGUAAUGAAAACAUUCAAUUUCUGUACACUCUACCAAACCAUUGAUUACCGGUUUCGUGGUUCUUACCAUACUGUGCAAGUCUUUUUGGAAGGAGAUUAAUGUCACAAGGUACAUUAUGAAGGAAUUGGCAAAUUGUUUUUCUUGUCAAUAGCUUAUUUAUUUGUCCUGCAUCCAUUCUUUGUUGUAUUCUUUUACAUCAAAGAAAAUGGUAAUCCUUGUUCUUUCCACAAACUGCUUGCGGUUUAUUCAGAAAGCACUGCGGUAUAUAGCAGUACUAGUGUCAUUAAGUCAGUUUUCAGUCUGUACAUUGAUAGACCAAUUUAUUUGAUCUAGUUCCAUCCUUAAUUAAUCAGUAUUUAUAAUAAGUGAAACUAAUUAACUUCAGAUAACUUGUGAAUUGAGUUGGUGAACAUGAAGAUGGAAAUAAGUGAAAGAAAUUGACAUGUAGAUAUCUUUUUAUUGGGAAGGGUUAGGAGGUGUAUUAAGUGUGAUUUGUAUCAGUAUGACUGUAAGUGAUAGCUGCCUUGAUCAUGAUUAUAUGGACAGCUGGACAAUUCUCAUGAGUGUGAGUUGAAUACUAAUGAUGCAGCAUUUUGGGAGAUUUUCCUAAAGUAAGAUUUAUAUUCAGCCUGAUGUAUGAGAGAUUUAUCAUAUCCGUCCAACUGAUCUGCUGUACAUAAUCAUAUAUUUAAUAACACAUAAAUCUGUACAUUUUUUAUUUAUACAUGUAUGUAUAUUAUAAAUGAUGACACUAAUAUUAA